AAAGUUUUUGGAUCCAUGUCUCCUAAUGAUGUAUGGAUGAUAUAUUGCAUUGUGGGUGUCAAUAUAAGUGACGGCCAUAUUUGCCGGUGCUGCUACCGCUGUAAACAACCCAAAGUGUCUGGGAGACACAGAGACGCUCCACUGAAUGUCAGGACAUUUUUAUUUCUUGCAUUUGCCAUGUCUCUAGGAAUGUCUUACAAGCCCAACUUGAACGCCCACCUCCCCGGGACUGCCAUCAACCAGGCUGGAAGUGUUCACUCUCCCUCCACAAGUAUGGCAACCUCUGCACAAUACAGACAGCUUAUAAAUGAUUAUGGACCCCCGUCUCUAGGCUAUACACAAGGGAUGCAGGGUACCAGCAGCAGUCAAGUACCACAAAGCAAAUAUGCAGAACUUCUAGCUAUCAUAGAAGAAUUAGGAAAAGAAAUUAGACCUACAUAUGCUGGAAGUAAAAGUGCCAUGGAGAGGCUAAAACGAGGCAUCAUUCAUGCUAGAGGAUUAGUUCGGGAAUGCUUGGCUGAGACUGAACGGAAUGCAAGAUCCUAGCCUACUAAUUAAGUUACAAGACUUUCCAUCUCUUUAUGAAGAAAAAUGUAAUACUUAUUCCUUUUGAAACAUGCAGAUGAAUCUUUUUAUUUUGAAUGUUUUACCCCUUUUUUUUGCCCUUAUGAAAAUGUACAGUUAAAAAUGAGAAGAUUUUUCAAUUUACUGAGGGUUUGCAUUUUUUUUAGAUGUUAAACUCCCCAAAUUCUUUCUAAAAGGUUAAGACUAAAACUGCAUGCAGAGGAAUGUUUUCUCUCCCACAGACUAUACUUAAGUUCCUUUCUUAUCCAGCCACAGUCUCAUUUUUUUUUAUUUCUUUGACUAUAUUCAUUUAACCCCACAUGGUCAAUCUUUCAACCUUUGACAUAAGCUCUAAGGAUUUUUUUUUAAAUAACUGCACUGGUAGCAUGUUUUACCUAGUAGUCGGCUAUACUCACACAGUUUGCCACACAGCAUAGACCCUGCUUAGAAAUAGCCCUUUUUUUGCAUAAGCAUUUGCAUGAUUGUUAGUGCUUUGGAGUCCAUUUAAAGUGCAUGAGUUAUAAAUACAGAAGAUAGAGCAACCUAACAAACAAUAACAAGGUCCCAGAAAACUAAUUUUCACCCUAAGGCUGAAGAUUUCAAUUGUAAGUUUGCCAAAAAAACAAAAUUCUGGAUAAAUUACUAAAACUGUUAUUUGCAUCUUUGUAUGUAUUUAUUACUUGAUGUAAUAAAGCUUAUUUUCAUUAA